CUUGAAUAGUACAGGAAAUAUAAUGCGGAAUUUAAAGCAGGGCACGAAAGAGUCGCGCGGGGGUGCUAGGACAGAAGAUCAAUGCUGGCUUUGUUUUGACUUUAAAAACGAGCAUGUUAAACAUUUCUGAUUGUUUUCAUUAUAGCCUAUUGUAGAACUUUAGCAAAUCCCUGGAUGGUCGAUGGAUGUAAAUGCCUCUGACCAGCUAAUACAAUGUGUUUUUGAUCAUAUGGGAGUUUAGGUGGAUGUAGUAAUUCAUUAAGUGUUUUGAAUUAAAAGUAAUCUCUGGGGACAUAAUACUUGUUUUGCAUGCGUAAAGAAAGCUAUGGAUUGCAUAAAUCCCAUGCAGAAGAAGAGAAGACACAGUGAAGAGGUGGAACAAUGGCUCAAACAGUCGAAACGGCUGUGCAAUGGACUGGGAGGCUGUGGUCCAGUUGAAUAUAAUGGAGUGAUAGACACUCCAAUGGAUACGUGGGAUCCCCCAAAUCAUGGCACUCAAAAUGGACACGGUGCCAAUGGCUACGUACCUGGCAUGCAGGUUUUAGGAGCCUCAGGACGUGGUGCAGGACAAAUUUGCCCCAGAUGUAUGGCAGGUGAACCUGGUCAUAUAAACCACAUCAUGAAGUAUUGAUCACCAGGGCCAAUGGCUAAUGCAGAAGGUGAAUUGAUUAAUUAACCGGAAAGGAAAAAGGGCGACUCAGAAAUGCAAUCUGCACUUUAGCCCUAUUCUGCAGUUUUUUUGUAUAUUUUGUGCCUUUCGUGCAUUUUACAUCCGUCUUCUAGGAAUAUAUUGUUUUGUAGAGAUUUAUAUAGUUUACAGUACCAUGAGCGCUCCAGGAACAUGAUGAGAAAGGUCAGCCUGAUCUCACGGGAAUUUGGAUGUAUUUUACGAGUUGACCAAUUCGUAUGAAUCUGUAUGAAGUGAAUCAUACAAAAACAUGAUUAUUGGAAAAAACUAAGGAUACACAGCCUCUAUACCGUAUCACAGAGGUAAAAGCAAAUUGUACAAAAAAAAUAUGAAUGUUAUUGGACAAAUUAGCCACCUCCGUUAAUCAGAUUGUGUUGGAAAGGUAAUGAGUGAUGUUUUGGAUCAUAAUGAUAUUAAGUGUGCGUACAACUUGAAGGGGUGGUUUCCCGGACAGGGAUUAGCUUGAACCAGGACAGGCCUUAGUUUAAUUAUGAAAUAUAAAUUUUUUAACAAACAUGCCUUACUAAAAACAUUACUUUUGUGCAAAACAAAGGGUAUUGAUGUAUUUUAAGUCAGUGCAAGUUGUUUUCAGUUUAGACCGCUCUUACAUUUAUUUUAGUCUAGGACUAGUAUUUUUUGUCCGAGAAACCGCCUCGAAAAGUUGUAUUGUUUUUUUUUUCUUACAUUUCUUGCUUUUUACAGGUCCAGUUUUAAUUUCUUAAAUAUUGCUCUUGUUUAGCAAAGUCUGUUUGCAUAAAUAUUUUUAUAGAUUAUUUUUCUAAAAACUGAAAUAAUGAUUGAGUUUAGAGCACUAAAUGCAUUUCAUAAUUCCAAUUAAUUUCUGUGUUGAUUCUUUUUUUUUAUAAAUAUUCGUGAACGUAUGAUUUAAUAUGGUUUUGUCAUUAUAUUUCUGUACUUAACAAAACAUGUAAGCCUCAUUUAUAACAUCUGUAUAGUUGUCACUGUGGUGUUUAUCAUAAUUUGUAUUUUCAUGUUGUUUCACUGGAAACAUGUUUAAUAAUUAAUCUUCAUUUAACUUAAAAAAAAACAGUCCAGGGUAUUUUACA